AUGAGAGCAACCCUAUUUUAGUAGUUAAAAAAAAUAAGAGCUGAAUCAGCUAAAUCAGGAACAAAUCGAAACAAACAAAUACUUGAUACUUCAGAGCUUCUUCCAAGAUCAAGUUUUCACAGAAAAAGAAAAUAAGAAGAACCUAACAAUUCUUUUCAUGAAUAUUCAUGUUCAUUUAGAUUUCCUGAUAAAGAAAGAUAUGAAUAAGAAAUUAAGUAAUUGAAAAAUCACAUGAAUUCCUUAGAAAAUGAAAAUCUUAGAUUAAAAACUAAAAUUCAUUAGAUGGAAGGUAUGUUCAAUUAAAUUAAAUUCUAGAUAAUUAACUCAAAUAAGAGAAAAUAAUAUAAGAAUUAGAUCGAAUUGGCCCUGUCAAAGCACCAUUACUAUAAGCAUUAAAUUUCUCAAGUGCUUAAACUGCUUUAAAAAAAGAAAUAAUUAAUAUGAGAUAAGAGUUGCAAAAAAAGGAUAAGGAACUAUAAACUAUUAAAAAAACACAACGAUAUGCAUAAAUUAAUGAAUUAUAAAUUGAAAGAGCUGCCUUUUAAGAAGAAACAAUCAGGUUAAGAUAAUAAAUAGAUUCAUUAUUUUAAGCAAGUUUAUAUAAUCUACAAUAAAAUAAUGUAGAAUAAGUAAUAUAAGAGAGAAUAUUUGCUUUAGUAGCAUAAAUAUAAUCUAAUUUAAUACACUAAAGGGAAUUAGAUAAACUAGUUGAAAGGUUAAAAAGAGAAUGUCUUAAAUAUAGAGUAUAUUAUAAAUCAUUAUAUAGUCAUAAUAAAUUGAUUAAGAAUAUAGAAGUAAAAGAGAAAUAAAGAAGUUAAUUGCUUAAUUAAGAGAAGAAACUUCUAAUAAUAAUUAAAAAGAAAACAAUAAAGAGAUUAAAUAAAUUCCAACCAAGGCUGACGAAUUAUAAAAUUUAACUGAUUUGAUGUUUGCAAAAUAAGAGAUUAAAUCUAAGGAUAAUGAAAUUGAAAGAUUAAAUUAAAUUAUCUUUGAUUUAGAGGUAUAAAUCAAAGAAAUGUCACUUGCUUAAAAUUAAGAAGUAUAAGAUACUUAGAAUUAAUCAUAAUAAUUAGAAGCAACUUCAAAAUCGAAGUAAAUGAAAAUAUCAUCUCCUGUCUUUGCAACUGAAAUUAUGUAAGAAAUUGCUUUCCCUAUUAAAAAAUCAGUUGUUGUGUAUGAAUAAUAGCCAAUAAUUAAAUAACCCCUUAAGAGAAGGAUAAUACCUGUUAAAUUUGAUGAUAUCAAAAUUAUUGGAGAAACUCUCAAGUAUAGAUUAAUGGCAAUGGACAUAGGAAUUUAACAAAUUGAUGAUUAUUUAUAUGAAGGUGAUUCAAUGACAAUUAAAGAAUUAAAGGAUAAACUUAGAUUAUAUCCUUUUAAUUUAGCUAAAGAUGAAGCCUUUUUAUUAGCAAGAUAUAUAAUGGAAGGAGAUUCUGAUAUUUAUGAAUUAGAGGAUAUAGCUUCGAAUCCUACUCCAUAUAUCCGUUCAGUAAUUAAGAAAGUAUUGUUGAAUUACAAAUUGGAAAUUGUAAAAUGUCAGAUCCAACAUUCAGAGAAAUUAAAAGAUGUACUAAUUAGACAUAAACCUUUUAUUAUAAGUAACAUAAAGUAACUGUAUGGAAGAGAUUGCAUUAGAGUUAGUAAGAAUUAAUUUAAAGAUGCUUUGGUUUCUUUAAAUAUUGAAUUGAAUUAAUUUGAGCUUGACUAUUUAAUCACAUAAGGAAUUUUGGAAAGUAGAAGUGUUGAAUCAUUAAAUUAUGAAGAAAUGUUGAAGUAUGAACCAAUUAAAAUAGAAGAUUAAUAAAUUUCAUUUUUAUUAACAGAGAUCAAUAAUCAAAAUAAAUAACAGGCUGAAAUGUCUGUAAUUAUGGAAUGCCCAGAAAAGGUUUCAGAAAUAGAAUAAUAAGAAUAAGAUUAUAAUGAGAAUUUUAAUGAAGAAUAAUAAGAUGAAGUAGAAAAUUAAUAUAAAUUUGCAGAUAAAUAUGUAAGUGAGCAAUUUGAUUCAGAAAAUGAGAAAUUUAGAUAAGAGUUUUCAUCAGAUUAUAAUUUACAAUAGUGA